UUCUUCUCUCUCUCUCUCUCUCUCUCUCUCUCUCAUGGCAUCCGAUUCGCUCCUACCGCUUUUGUUUUUCAUCUCCUUCCUCUUCCUCUGUAGUUUUCCACCAAAGGUUCCUGCAGUUUCCACCGAUCAAUCGGCCAGGACCUUCAUCUUUCGAGUUGAUUCUCACUCCAAACCCUCAAUUUUCCCGACUCACUACCACUGGUAUGCAUCCGAGUUCGCCGAUGCACCCCGCAUCCUCCACGUCUACGAUACCGUCUUCCAUGGCUUCUCCGCCACUCUCACCCCAGACGAAGCGAACUCCCUCGGACAACACCCUUCCGUCCUCGCCGUCUUCGAGGAUCGCCGUCGCCAGCUACACACUACUCGCUCUCCUCAGUUCCUCGGCCUCCGAAACCAGCGCGGACUCUGGUCCAACUCCGAUUAUGGUUCCGACGUCAUUGUCGGGAUCUUCGAUACCGGAAUCUGGCCUGAACGGCGCAGUUUCUCGGACAAAAAUCUGGGUCCAGUUCCGGUUCGGUGGAAAGGGGCUUGCGAGAUUGGAGAGAAAUUCCUGGCCAGAAGUUGCAACCGCAAGCUGAUCGGUGCCAGGUUUUUCGUUAAAGGUCACGAGGCUGCAGGUGCGGGCUCCGGUGGCGUACCGCCAAUAACCAUGGUCAACGAUACGGUGGAGUACCGAUCACCAAGAGACGCCGAUGGACACGGGACUCAUACAGCGUCCACAGCCGCCGGAAGAUACGCUUUCCAAGCUAGCAUGGCAGGGUACGCCUCUGGAAUCGCGAAGGGUGUAGCUCCAAAAGCUAGAUUAGCAGUGUACAAAGUUUGCUGGAAGAAUUCGGGCUGCUUCGACUCCGAUAUAUUAGCCGCUUUUGAUAAGGCCGUUGCUGAUGGUGUGGAUGUCAUCUCAAUCUCCAUCGGAGGAGGCGAUGGUAUCUCUUCGCCGUAUUACCUCGACCCGAUUGCAAUUGGAGCAUACGGCGCAGUUUCCAGAGGGGUCUUCGUGUCUUCCUCUGCGGGAAACGACGGACCUAACGUAAUGUCGGUGACAAACAUCGCACCGUGGCUCAUGACGGUCGGUGCGGGCACGAUAGAUCGGAAUUUUCCGGCCAUCGUGACUCUUGGAAAUAUGCGGAAGCUCUAUGGCGUGUCUCUCUACGCCGGAGCGCAGCUGAACGGCACAAUGUAUCCUCUGGUUUAUCCUGGUAAAUCGGGGGUUUUCUCUGCCUCGCUGUGCAUGGAGAAUUCCCUGGACCCCAAUCUCGUGCGGGGAAAGAUCGUGAUCUGCGAUAGAGGAAACAGUCCGAGAGUAGCCAAAGGUCUGGUAGUGAAGAAGGCUGGCGGUGUGGGAAUGAUUCUCGCGAAUGGGGUUUACAAUGGCGAAGGACUGGUAGGCGAUGCUCAUCUUCUUCCCGCUUGCGCAAUUGGUGCGGACGAAGGAGAAUUGGUCAAGAAAUACAUCACAUCCACUGCAAAUCCCACGGCAACGAUCGAUUUCCAGGGCACUCUGCUUGGGAUCAAACCGGCACCUGUCGUAGCUUCGUUCUCGGGGCGAGGGCCGAACGGCCUAAACCCGGAGAUUCUAAAGCCGGAUUUGAUUGCGCCUGGGGUGAACAUCUUGGCCGCUUGGACCGACGCGGUUGGUCCGACUGGGUUGGACACCGAUACGCGAAAAACAGAGUUCAAUAUCUUAUCGGGGACUUCAAUGGCUGCUCCUCAUGUGAGUGGCGCAGCGGCUUUGCUGAAAUCAGCGCACCAUGAUUGGAGCCCCGCCGCGAUAAGGUCUGCAAUGAUGACCACCGCUAGUAUAAUCGAUAACCGGAACCAGCCCAUGCUUGACGAGUCCAGUGGAAAACCCUCCACGCCGUACGACUUCGGUACCGGACAUCUGAAUCUUGACCGAGCAAUAGAUCCAGGGUUGGUUUACGAUAUCACCAACGAUGAUUACGUGAAAUUCCUCUGCUCUAUCGGUUACGGACCAAAAAUCAUUCAGGUUAUCACGAGAUCUCCGGCAAGUUGCCCGGCUAAAAAACCGGUCCCAGAAAACUUGAACUACCCGUCGAUGGCGGCAUUGUUCCCGAGUUCAUCAUCGGUGGGGCCGUCGAGCAAGACCUUCUUCAGGACCGUGACGAAUGUGGGCCCCGCAAACGCUGUUUACGUGGCAAGAGUUGAGGCACCGAAGGGUGUGACGGUAACGGUGAAACCGUCGAAGCUGGCGUUCACGACGGCCGUGAGGAAACAGAGUUUCGUGGUGACGGUAACAGCGGACACCAGGAAUCUUGUACUGGACGACUCGGGAGCAGUGUUUGGGUCGCUUUCUUGGUCUGACGGAAAUCACGUGGUUCGGAGCCCCAUUGUGGUAACCCAGUUAAAUCUUUUGUGAGCCUUAAGAUUUGAUCAUGUCGUUUUGAUCACGAAUAAAAAAAAAAACAAAAACAAAAACAAAAACAAAUGGUAGGUGCAGCCUUCCGUAAUAGAACUUGCAACGUAAAUUAGAGGUUUUACUGUUUUUGUGUGCUUGUCUUUUUGUUUUUUGAUCCCUCGUUUGGCAGGGUAGGACUAGUUUUAACUUUUGAGGGUGGUGUAGCAUAUGUAUCUUUUUUCUUUGCCUUUUUGCAACAGAUUUGAUGUUGUAUUUAUAGACUUUGAGGCAUCUAUAUAAAUACUCAAAUGUCAUGAACUUAUCCAUAA